AUCUCUUUCUUGAUCACAAAUAUAUAUACAUAAUUCAACCAUCCCCCAUUCUUACGUACAUAUACCAUUUUCCUUAUUCCUAGCUAGCUAGGGUUUCUAUUCCCUUCUUUCACAUGGACAAAGAAGACAACAACUACGUGGAAGGGCUUCAUGGAAAAUAUUCGGGUUUUGGGUAUCAUAGUAGUAGUAGUACUUUUGAUGAUCGUCACGAACAUGAAGCGCCCAAUGGAAACAAUAACCAAAUCGUGGAUUACAUGCUCAAUAAUUUAUCUCAAUCGACACAAGCGUCGCCAGGAUUGAGUUUCGCAGAUGUUAUGCAACUCGCAGAUCUUGGCCCUAAGUUAGGGCUUAAUCACACCAAACUUGCCACAGAAGGUGACGGGCAUGUAGAUCAUGGAACUGGAAUUGUCGACCCGAUUGACUUCUUGAAGUUUCCCGUCUUGAAUGAUAAGAUUCAAAUGGUUGAUCAUCGUCAUGACCAAUCUCUUAUGGUGUUUAAACCUCAAGAAGAAGAAAGUGGAGACGUUAGCAAAGAUAUUAUUAGGGUUAGUGAUGAAAAAGUGGGAAAAUGUCAUGAUAAUGAAACAAAGAAAAGCUCUAUGCAUCAAAUUCUAGCUAUUCAUGGUGACAUCCCAUCUCAAAGCCCGACCGGCGAGACAAAAGGCAAGAGAAAGAGGCCGAGAACGAUAAAGACAAGCCAAGAAGUGGAGAGUCAAAGGAUGACUCACAUUGCCGUGGAGAGGAACAGAAGGAAGCAAAUGAACGAGCAUCUUAGAGUUUUGAGAUCUCUUAUGCCCGGUUCAUACGUACAAAGGGGUGACCAAGCCUCUAUAAUAGGUGGAGCUAUUGAGUUUGUUAGAGAAUUGGAACAACUCCUACAAUGCCUCGAAUCUCAAAAGAGGAGACGUUUAUAUGGAGAUCUCCCGAGUCAACCGGGGGACCCUUCCUCGUCUUCCCCCGGACAAGCUCUUGCAGUUGUCGGCGCACAACAAACACUACCUCAACUAAUCUUUCCAAAUAACCACGAUCAACUUAGGCUCAUGGAAUUGGAGGCGGCGGGGAUCCAAGAAGAGAUGGCGGAGAGUAAGUCAUGUUUGGCUGAUGUGGAAGUAAAAAUGUUAGGGUUUGAUGCCAUGAUCAAGAUCUUGUCUAGGAGGAGGCCAGGUCAACUAACUAAGGCCAUUGAGGCAUUAGAAGAACAUCUUCAGAUGAAUAUUCUCCACACCAACAUUACUACUAUGGAGCAAACCGUUCUCUAUUCCUUCAAUGUCAAGGUCGGGAGUGAAGCAAUGUUUACCGCAGAAGAUAUUGCUAAUUCGGUCCAACAGAUAUUCGGCUUCAUCCAUGCUAAUACACUAGAAGUGCUGCAUCCGUAAAAUGUGAUAAUUUGUUCUCGGAUGAAUAACAAUAUUUAGUUUGAUGUCGCAGUUGUUAUUGUUGUGUUCUUGAUGAUUUCAUUAUGCAUGAAAUUGAUGAUUAAUAUUGUAAUUAAUUAAAGCAAUAUUGCUAGCUGCCUUGCAAAGUUUAUGACAACUAUCUUUUUAUUUAUAAACAUAACUAUGAUAUUUCUUGUCUU